GAAGGUUGUCGGUAAGGCAUAGUUUUGUCGCCGUUUCGGUUUUCAACGUUAGGAUUAGUUUCGCAAUAUCGUUAUUUGCUUUGCAUAUUUUCAGAUCUUUAAUAAGUUCUUUCACGGAUCCGAAACACUAAAAUGAUUUAUCUAUGGGGAAAUGACAAGUCUGGUGUGUUUUAGAAUCAUGUACAACGCCCCAUGGGGCGUUGCUUGCAAGCAAUCAAAAAGAGAUGAUGGGAACAUCCCGUUAGAAAAUUAGGGGUGAACAAUGUGAAAAUGCUCCAAAAUGUCUCCUUUUUGAUUCCCCUCACCUUUUUCGCGUCGUCAGAUUUGUUUUUAAGUUAUGGCUUGAUGGUGAUUUCCAGUGCCCAGUCAUCUCUUAUAUCUACUGAAUUACCUAGUCUGAAUAUUUAACGAGAACUAUGUAACUAAUUUAUGACCUCUAGUUCGGCUAAUAUUUUAAAGCACCUACAAAUUUCGAAUGGGAUAUUUAGUGAAAAGCAGGUUUCCUAUUUUAUUCGAUUAAAAGUGUGACAGAAUGAUGGUUUGUGAUUUCCUGUCGUUGUUGUUAACCAGUCAAUGUCAGUUGACAUAUGUACGUUGUGUAUGUAAGGCUACGACACUGUCAUUUGAUCAUAAGCUUUGGUAAAAGAAUAUCUAAUUUCCUGGCAAAUUUGAGAUUCAUUACACAUAUACGGUAUUGUCAUGUUUUAAAAAUGAGUUGGUUGUGAAGAAUUUCUUCACUGAAUCACGUCUUUCUUGUGACCUAACCUGGGUGUUUAAAUUAAUAUUGAGUCUACCGUAAAAUGUCACAUAUCUGCAUAGGAUCAGUCCAAAUUGUCUGCAGUCAUUUAUCAACGACCGAUUAUAGUGAUGAUUUGUAGAAUGAGAAGGGAUUUUGUCUCGAUAUUUGAUAUAGAAUGGUAAUCAUAACAUAUGCCUGCAUGAUAGAUGAAAUUCUCAUGCUAUAUUUGGUACUCAAAUGAUAAAGAACAUAACAGUUCCCCAUCCACAUGUAUUCCUCCUUUGAAGAUGGAUGUAGUGAUGAAUAUUAGAAAGUAAUUCACUGAAUGAAAAUUCCUAACACUUUUCCUUUAACCAAAUCGUUAGUUGUAUCUGUAAUUUAUAGACUUUAAGUAGUCACCAUUUUUCAGUAUCUUGUAAAAAAUUAUCAAAAAAAUUUCACAAGCCUUAUCAAUCUGAACAUAAUAUAAUAUACACCCUCAUAUUCUUAAUUUCUAACUUUCUUUGUAGAACAUGGUUGAGAAGACUGAGGAUUUGAAGAACUCACUAACAAAUUUGGUUAACGGUUUAGGGUACAUUUUGUCUGAUCGUUUACGAAAUGUAGAUGGCGAUUUCGAUUUUGAGUUGUCUCUCACUGCUUCAUCUGAUCUGGACACACGAUUCAUGCUGAUGCUUGACAGGUAUAUAAUGCCUGGGUCUAACACAGACGAUUCCAUACCUAUUAAGAAUGCCUGGGUGAAGUUUGCCGCAAUGGCCUCUGCAUACGUCUACAAAAAUGUUGGUGAGUCGGUUUCCAAACCCCUUCGAAAAUGGCUGGCGAAUGCUGCCAGUGCUGCGAUUCUCGCUGGACUACUUGCAGAAGUGCCUGAAUCGUCGGAUUCAAAUGAACGAUCUGCUUCUGAUGGAGAGACAUCUGUCGAAAAUAUCUCCGCACCUGACAGAGUAGUGGAGAAUCGUCAAGAUGGUGCCUGGUACUAUGGCCGUUGGACCGUUGACAAUGUUGCUAGCAGUUGUGAACUGAUGGAUGUGAUCGAUGUUGAAAUGACAGAUGCAUGUAUUCGAGUGAUGAUUGCUGCUGUUGUUAAUUAUUUCCAGGAGAACAGAUUCGCUCCAUGUGGUUUGUUGAGAGACAGUUAUGCAAGUGCGAUACUGAGAAGUGAUCUAAUGGAUAGGUAUGGGUUGACAGACGAACGUGACAAAAUUGAAGCGAUGCGUAUUACUGGUAGUUGGGUCUCGAAACUGUAUGUGUUUCACAUGGCGACGAAGCAUCGUGAUUUGGAACAUCCAAUCAGACCUAUAAAUAAUGUUGGUUUGGUGCGUCCUCUGAAACUAGAUAUCAGUCAGUGUUUCGAGGACUUGACAGCUAGAUUUAUCCGUACACGAAUCGCACAUCAGAUUGCCAGUCGAAUGGUGCGAUCUGUGUGUAUAGUGUUUUUCGAAGAUUUGAAUGAAUUGAUUGAGUUGCGGAAGCUGUACCGUCAAAUAUCCGGUGAUCCGUUUUAUUAUCACUCUGACUGUGAAUAUUUGACGAAAUCAUCUCGACCGUCAGUCAGUGACAAGAUGAGUAGUAUAUUUGGUCGAUUGGUCACCUAUUUGAGUGUUUUUGAGCCGAAUAGUGAACUGUUUGAUUAUCCGCAGUUGAAAAUGAAUGGUAGGACUCGAGAACAACACUAUGUUGAUUACAGUAAGAAUUGGAAGAAGAUACUGGAAACGAUUUAUACAGAGUUGUAUAUGCCGAGUGGAAGUCAUUUAUUGGAUGUACUUAGAAGUAGAUGCAAGAUUGCAGAAAAUAUCCCACAAAAUGAAGAACUUUUGAGAGAAUGUUGGAAUGAAUAUGGUGUCGGUUGGAAUAUUUCGGAGUUUAUUUUCCGAUAUUCACUUAAUCGUUAAAUAUUUUGUUUGUUCAUUGACAACUCAAGAUUAAAAUUUUGUUAUUAACAAAUUGCAAUAUUAUUCUUCUUAUUCAUAAAAUUUGCUUUUUCAUC